AUGGCCCAUGCCACCAGCAGCCCCAGCCCUCCUCUCUCCCUGCAGUCCUUUGUGCGGCGGGAUGCUGAGGGCGUUUCACAGAGCUCUCCUGCGCUGCCCAGUGCCGUGAAUUGCCGUGGGGAUGGGCAGCAAGCAGGGCGGAUGGAGGGGAAUCGCAAUCGCAUCAGUCACCGCGGCCAGAAGAGACUCCAGCAGCUGCAGCAGGGGCAGUUCCCACGGAGGGGGGAAGCAGGGGCGGCUGGGCCUGCCAUGCAGACGGACAGACAGGCAUCAGAUGCCUCCCACGUCACGGCUCUUCUGCCCCCAUACCCCGCUGCGCGCCGGAGCUGUCCGGGCAGCACCGAGACGGAACCGCGGCACGGCGGGAGCGGUGCUGAGGACAGCGGCGCCAGAGCCGGGAGGGACGGAGAGCGGCACCGGGACAGGGAAGGAAGCCUGCGCAGCCAUCCGCCACCUUCGUGUGGGAACAUCGAGGCAUGUGAGUGGCUGAGAAAUGGAGUUGGGACUCAGGGGAGCAAUCGAGCAAUGGGUGCCUGUGUCACAACCUUCCUGAGCGGCCCUUGCAAGCUCCUGCUCCCCUCGCCUGCAAGUGGAGCAAUGCUCAAGUUUGAGGAAUCUUUUCCUCGGCAGGUGGUAAAAGACGACGCAGCUGCAAGUUUCGUGUCCUUUGUUCUUGGAAAGCAGCCUCCUUGAGAGCAGGAGAGCAGCAGGCUGCCUGCUGUGUGGUGCUGAAGGGCAUUUCUCCCAGCUGAGAUCCCCGAGCCCACGCUGGCGGAGAACGUGCUGCGCCACCAUCUCUUCUGUGGAGCCACUUUGCAGCUGCUC